GAGACUUGGAACUCUCGUCACAUCACAGACAUCAACCUGCUAGCUGGACGACGAGCCGCCGCAUCUUUGAACGUGCUUUCAUGGAUCAAAUGUUAGCCAGUGACAGUGUCUGACCAGCGGUCCGCCGAGAGACAUCCCCGACCCGCGUGUCUGGUGGUCUCCAUUGCACGCACACAGUUAGCUUCAGGGCUCCGCUUCCCUGGCUCCCUUGUUGACACGUUAGCUUCUAAAACUAGCUAACAACAUGUUGUAUUGUCGCUAGCUAGAAGUUUACUAUGUCUAUGUUCUUAUACUAUGCAAACUGUCUACAUUGCCGCUAUGUGUAACUAACAGUAGCGUUAGCUUAUCAGAUAAAGCCUUGGCAUCAUAGCUUUAUAAUAUUUUACUAAAAUUAAGUGAGAUUGUUUAAUAAGGAAAUAACAGUUAUAUAGUUAUAUCUAUUGGAAAUGACCUAGCUACUUAACAUGGCACCAACUCAUGGCAGCCUACAGAUGUAAGGGCAGAGGAGUGGACAGUGGUCACGUUGGCAUCCUCGCCUCUCAACUGUCUCCGGAGGACAACAGUACACUCUUUAAAACAUUAUCACCGAAACAAAAGACGAUGGAGUCGGCGAGGAGCGCCUUCCACGCUCAGCUGGCCGCCGUCAUGGACUCGCUGCUGGCGGCUGCUGUGUGCGAGAUCGCCAAGAUCUUCGAGGGCAGCUUGUGUGAACAGCAGGCGGAGCUGACGCAGAGAACGGAGGAGAUCUUCGUCCUCCGAAGCAAGCUGGAGAGGAGGCAAAGGUCAAAGGGGGGAGGGAGCGAGGAAGGGGAGAUGUCGUCCGGAGACAGGGAGGGCGGUUUGAGGCAGCAGACCCUGGCAGGAUCAGGAUUGAAUGGGGGAAAGGAUUUGUCUUCUCAUUCAAACCCAGUAGAAGGACUCAGUAGCCAGAGCCUCAGUGGGCUGAAAGAAGAGGUCACCGGCCACCGUGGCGCUUCAGUAAAACACGAGCGUGCUAGAUCUCGACCUUCUCUUGGGUCUGUCGCAGUCCAAGUCCCAGACAGAAGCGCCGUUGCUCGGGACCAGAGGCAGAUCGCUGGCACACAAGCCAAGGUCAAAUUGUCUCAUUGGGAUCAGGAUGGUGCCGACCACAGAUCUCUCCAGGAUCAAGCCUCCACCCCUUUUCUCUCAAUCUCCCAGAGCGGACGUUGCUCCCCCAGGCCUGACCCAAGCCUAGCUCAACCAGGGGAGUGGUUACCGGGGUUAAACGCCACACAAGGUGGGGUGUCCGGUCUGGAGAACCUGCAGACGGAUGGCACUAGCUGCUCUGGUCCGGCUAGCAGCAGCACUGGCACAGACACACCCUGCUUCCGACCAGGUUUUGUCUCUGACGAGACCAGCAACGAAGAUGAUGACAGCUCCUUCCCUUUCCUGGACCAGGAGCCUGAAAACCACAACUCCAAUCAGAACUCGGGCCAGGGCGGGGAGCAGAGGGGGGCUCGGCAGGUUCAGCCCCAAGCCCCCUCUGGAGAAUCACCAUGGAGACCCAGAGAUGACAGGGGUGGGAGAGGCCCCAUCAAUCACACGCGCCGGCUUACUACCUUCAGCAAUAGAGACCCUCUUCGACCACAGUCCAAUUCACAGUUGCUCACGCUGCGACACACAAACACGCUGAGCCACCCUCCCGCUGCCGGCGGAGGGAAUGGACGGCCUUACACCUGCCCAUACUGCACCAAGUGUUUCACCUACCCCUCCCACCAGCGCAGACACCUGUUACGCCACACAGGAGUCAGACUGCAUCCAUGUCAGUUUUGUGACAAGAGCUUCCUCACUCCCUCUGAGCUUACUGUGCACACUCGCACACAUACGGGGGAGCGACCUUUUGGCUGCGCUCAGUGUGGUAAACGUUUUGCCCGUAGCGGCAACUUGAGAGCUCACCAACGGGACGUCCACAUGGGGAAGAGGCCCUUUGCCUGCACAGAGUGCGGGAAGAGAUUUGCCCACAGGGGGAACCUGAGGGUGCACAAUCACAGAGUCCAUCAAGGAGAUCCCUACUACAUGGAUGAACAGCAGGAGCCCGACAUUGGCCCUAAUCCCAUUUGAAAAGUUUGAAAAAGUCAUUGCUCUGCACUUUCAUUUUGUUUGCAAAAUAAACCUUAGGAAACCGUGACUUAUUUCUCAACACUA